CACAACAAUCGAUCCUUGGUUCCAAACAAACGCAAACGUUCGAGAGCUCCUCACUUGGAUUGGCAGAGCAUUCCUAUCUUUCUCCGCCCCGAUCCCCGCCCAUAUCGCAUCCACCAUGGGCAAGGGCUUCAACAACUACAUGUGCAAGAAGUUCUUCCACCCGGCUUCCAAAGACAACCUGAAACGCGUGUGGAUGGCCCAACAGAAAACGGAUGCCGAGCAAAAGAAGCAAGAUGACCUCAAGCAACAAUACGAACGUGAACAAGAGCUCUACAACAAUCGCGCCCUUCUCUCCAAAGACUCCAAAGAGAAGCUCGAGGUCAAUUUCCUGUACGAACCGCCACCGGGCGCCCGUAAAGAGGACCGCGAAGAAGGCGGACCCGAGGGCGAAGAGGGCGGGUUCAAGUUCGAAUGGCAGCGGAAAUGGGGUACGGCUCCCCGCGAGUCCUGGGCCAAGGGCGACGAGUCCAUCAAAGAUCAACCUUUCGGCAUCCAGGUGCGCAACGUCCGAUGCGUCAAAUGCCACAAAUACGGCCACAUCAACACGGACAAGGAAUGCACUAUGUACGGCAAGGCCUUGGACUCGGAGGCGCCCGUAGAACGGGUGGAUCAGCGCCGAUUGCUGGACGAGAUGAAGGAGGACGGCAUGAAGAUGAGGUGGAGCGCCUGGGACAUUGAUGACCCGCGAAAUGCGGCCAAAUACGCUAUGCUCGAAGACCCGCAAAAGCGAAAGAAGGAGCGAGAGCUGAACAAGUUGGAAGCCGAAAUGGAGCAGAAACGCCGGAUGAUUGAAGGCUUGAGCAAGGACGAGAAGAAGAAGCUCUUGAAGGACCUUCAAAGGGAAGAGAACCGACGCUCGGGUGGACAUAAGUUAAAGAAGCACAAAAAGGAGAAGAAGAGCAAGAAAGAGAAGAAGGACAAGAAACAGAAGAAGAGCAAAAAGCGCAAACGACGACAUUCCUCUUCGUCGGACAGCGAUUCGUCCGAUUAAACGCUAGUCUGAUCUUGAUGUUGAAGGUUCAUGCAGAAAUAAAUUCAAGUUGCCGUGCUAUAGUCACCCUCAUGCACUAUGGACGGAAUUUAUGUCAAUGUUA